AACCGCAAAGUUUGGACUUAUUACGUUACCUUUGCAACAUUUGUGUCGUUGGUUGCGUCUGACACAGACACGGAGAGAAAGAGAGAGAUGGGUAGCUCAGGUUUCUCAUGGAAAUUGGUGGAUCAUACAAAGCUUCCAAAGGGUAAGACGGUGGCUGUGGUGGUUUUGGACGGUUGGGGAGAGGCCAAUCCCAGUGAGUAUAACUGCAUCCACAUUGCUGAAACACCCACCAUGGAUUCCUUUAAAAAGGGUGCCCCUGAAAGGUGGAGAUUGGUUAAGGCCCAUGGUAAAGCCGUAGGGCUUCCAACAGAUGAUGACAUGGGCAAUAGUGAAGUUGGUCACAAUGCACUUGGUGCUGGUCGUAUAUAUGCUCAGGGUGCAAAGCUUGUUGACCUUGCUCUAGCCUCUGGAAAAAUUUAUGAAGGAGAAGGUUUCAAGUACAUAAAGGAAUGUUUUGAAAAUGGAACAUUGCAUCUCAUUGGGUUACUGAGUGAUGGUGGAGUUCACUCCAGACUUGAUCAGUUGCAGUGGUUGCUUAAAGGGGUUAGUGAGCGAGGUGUUAAAAGAGUCCGUGUCCAUAUUCUUACGGAUGGCCGUGAUGUUUUGGAUGGCUCAAGUGUGGCAUUUGUGGAAACCCUUGAAAAUGAUCUUGCGAAAUUGCGUGAGAAAGGUAUUGAUGCAAAGAUAGCAUCAGGUGGAGGUCGCAUGUAUGUCACAAUGGAUCGCUAUGAGAAUGAUUGGAAUGUUGUGAAACGAGGGUGGGAUGCUCAAGUUCUUGGUGAAGCCCCUCAUAAGUUUACAAGUGCUCUUGAAGCUGUCAAGAAACUGAGGGCAGAACCAAAAGCCAAUGACCAGUAUCUGCCUCCUUUUGUUAUCGUUGAUGAGAAAGGGAAGCCUGUUGGUCCAAUAGUUGAUGGUGAUGCUGUUGUUACAUUCAACUUCCGGGCAGAUCGUAUGACUAUGAUUGCUAAGGCUCUUGAAUAUGAAAAUUUUGACAAAUUUGAUAGAGUUCGAUACCCUAAAAUCCACUAUGCUGGAAUGCUUGAAUAUGAUGGUGAAUUGAAGCUUCCAAGUCAUUACCUUGUUUCUCCACCAGAGAUUGAAAGGACUUCUGGUGAAUAUUUAGUGAAUAAUGGUAUUCGAACUUUUGCUUGCAGUGAAACUGUUAAAUUUGGUCAUGUCACAUUCUUCUGGAAUGGAAACCGCACUGGGUAUUUUAAUUCAGAAUUGGAGGAAUAUGUCGAAAUUCCUAGUGACUCUGGGAUUACAUUCAAUGAACAACCAAAAAUGAAAGCAUUGCAGAUUGCUGAAAAGGCAAGGGAUGCUAUUCUUAGCCGGAAAUUUGAUCAGGUACGUGUCAACAUACCAAAUGGUGAUAUGGUGGGGCAUACAGGUGACAUUGAAGCAACAAUUGUGGCUUGCAAGGCAGCUGAUGAUGCUGUGAAGAUGAUUAUUGAUGCAAUAGAGCAAGUGGGUGGAAUUUAUGUUGUCACUGCUGACCAUGGAAAUGCAGAGGAUAUGGUCAAGAGGGAUAAAUCUGGAAAACCUCUUCUUGACAAGAGUGGAAAUAUCCAGAUUCUUACUUCCCAUACUCUUCAGCCUGUGCCAAUUGCCAUUGGAGGACCUGGAUUGUCACCAGGUGUCAGGUUUCAAAAUGAUGUUCCAAAUGGUGGGCUGGCCAACGUUGCUGCAACUGUGAUGAAUCUUCACGGAUUUGAGGCUCCCAGUGACUAUGAGCCAACUCUUAUAGAAGUAGUUGAUAAGUAGGAAACCAAUAGAAGAGUUAUAAUGUACAAAAAUUUAUGAAAGGCUGUGGCUUACAGCCUUAAAAUAAUUAGAAGUUUUCAUCCCUCCACAUGUAUUGUGGGGUUUUGUUCUUAUGAAUUGGAUCAGUCUGCAGUUGGCAGGACAAUACAACUAAUUAAUGCUAUUUUG